CUAUUUUUCAAAAUGUCUCAUAUUCCUGCCGCUGAACAACAACGUACCGCUCAAGGUAUGCGUGACAAUCAAGCCUGGCAACAGACCCCCAGCCAUACUCAGACUACUGGAAAUAACUUUUCAGGAAGCCACACUGGCCAAUACAGUGGUGCUCAAGUCACCAACACAAGCAUUGAUCAGUCGACCGAGGGAACUUCUGCCGACCGAGGCAACGCCACUGGUAGCUUCGAUGGUCCUCAAGUCACCAACAGAACCGUUGAUCAGUCGACCGCGGGAACUUCCGCUGGCCAAACCAACGCCGCUGGUCGUUUCGAUGGUCCUCAAGUCACCAACACCACCGUUGAUCAAUCACAUCAUGGUACUUCCGGUACCAUGGGUGCCGGUACGGGUACCACUACUCGCCCCAGUCAAACCAGUCAGCAGUCUUCUGGUUCCGAUCCUCUUCGUGGAGGCAUCGACAAACAAGCCGGAUAUGAAAAUCAGCCUUCCGGUUACGAUGUGAAGGAGGCCUCGUUUGGUGAUAAGGUUCGCGGAACCGCUGAAGAAUUGGUUGGCAAAUUAACUGGCGAUCAACAAAAGGUCGCUCAAGGUGAAGCGCUUGCCCGCGGCCAACAUUAAAUUCUUUACCGUAUUGUAAAUACGUUGAUCAUUUCAACUACAAAUAAAUUGUAAUUAUUUUUUACUACUGUAA